GCCCUUUCCAAUAUGGCGUCGUCUGUGUAUGGGUUCACGUUAAUGACGCAAUAAUACUGCGCUGCACAGAAGCGCGCCAGUGUCAUGUAAACAUGUGCGCUUAUGUCAGACUCUACCAAAGAAGGUGAGGAUGGACGUGACUCAUUCGCUCCGUGAGCGCACCAUCGCUGAAAACAGUCUGGUGGUCCUGCUGCAGGGUCUGCACGGCCAGGUGACCACAGUGGACCUGAGAGACGAGAGCACGGCGAGAGGACGUGUAAUUAACGUGGACGCCUUCAUGAACAUCCGUCUGGAGGAAGUUUUGUACAAAGAUAGGCGUGGACGUGUGUCCAGUAUGGACGAUCUCUUCAUUACGGGCCGAAACGUGCGUUACGUUCACAUCCCAGACCAUAUGAACAUAAUAGAGACCAUACAGACUCAGCUCACCAAAAUACACCGUGUGCGCAACUUCGGUGGUGGAAGGAAGGAAUACUCAAAGAAAACAAAAUAGAGAUGACUUUUUGGGAUAUAUUAUUUUUCGUUAUUUUGUAAAUUUAGUUUUAACCAGACUUUAGUUUGGAAAUGUUGUGUUGGAAAGUUUUAUAUUCUCUGUUUACUGCCAUCAUGGUUUAAAAAUGCAAUAAACAAAUUACUUCAACCAGA